AGAUUGGCAAUCUUUAUGUCUAGAUAGACCGUACUAACUGAUAUGAUUCCCUUAUCAAUAUAAACAUAUAAGACACAUUUAAGGGCUUAAAAUGGAAUCCUGGUAUAUUCUGUGUGUUGCAUUUGCCUACUUUGUCGGAGUCGAGCCAGCUUGUGAAGACGUCAGCACGGCUGCCUGCUCCCUGUUUCUAGCCAACAAACCAGACCUGUGUCAGGACCAGGCUCUGUCGGCGAACUGUAAACGAUUUUGUGGACAAUGUCCUCUCGUGUGUUACGACUGCCCCAUAGGUGUCAGUAGUCCGGACAACUGUACAACUACCAAAGCAUGCUCCCCUGGGGAGGUAUGCAUGCAGAAAACCCAUGUUAACCCAGAUGGGUCCAAAGAGUUUAUCAUGUCGUGUGAAUCUAAAACGACAUGCGAGGGUCUUGGCCUAGGUUUCCAUGCCAUCAUUGGCAAACGCAGUGACGGUAUGUUUUCUGUCGAGCAUGCGCGAAGAGACUUAAGCUUCCAUUGUUGCGAUGUGGAUCAAUGCAAUUAUCCGACGGAAUUCAUAACAACUACGACAUUGCCGACUACAACAGUUACAACGUUACCGACGACGACGCUUAAACCGUUACAUAACUGUUCGAGAGAUAUAGUGUUUGUUCUAGACGGCUCCACCAGCGUGGGUAGUUCAAAUCAUAAUUACAUGAAAUCUUUCGUGCAGAAAUUGAUCGGUGGUUUGACAAUUGGACCUAUGGACUCUCAGGUGGCAGUGGUAGAAUAUAGUGACACUGCUCGCGUCGAGUGGUAUCUAACAGACCAUACAUCUAUAAGAGAUUUAGAGAAUGCUGCAAUGACCAUCCCAUAUGUACAAGGCUCUACUGGAACGCACGCAGCAUUUUAUCUCGUGCACAAUUCCGUACUUACCAGCAGACAUGGUGCCCGGCCUAACGCCAAAGACAUUGUUAUCAUCCUAACAGACGGUGGAACCGAUAUACCGGAUCUUGCAGUUAACGAGGCCAAAAAGCUUGAAGACGAUGGUGUCACAAUCAUUGCUAUUGGUGUUGGACCAAAUGCCGAUACCCAGGAAUUGCUGCAGUAUGUGAAGACGGGUCACGUUUACACUGUGAAAUCUUUCUUCACAUUGCCUUAUUUUACCAGUGCAAUUGCACAAAACUUAUGUGAAUAAAGUGUUUUACCAACCGGC